AUGGAUUUGCGAGGUCAUCUUAGCCAACACCGAAUAAAUGAUUCCCCCUACGUGUGCAAGGUCCGUUCGUGCGAAUUUCGCGCGUCGCAGAGAAUGAACUUGUUCGACCACUAUUCCCAGAUGCACCGGGAUACCACAUUGCUCUGGUGCCCGUUCUGCCCCUACGUCGAAUAUAUUUCUCGGAGCCAGCUGCGCACAAGCAAAGAUGCCAUCCAUUGCCGAUCGCUCAUUGACCAUUUUAUGAAGCAUGUCCAAGUUGGGCAGACGUAUCGUUGCCGCCUGUGCGCCUACGCGUUUCUAACACGCACUGAAUUGCACGCACAUCAACAUGCUGACCAUACGGGCGUGAUACCGCCAAGUUGGAACGUCAAAGCGACCAAAAACGCAUGGCAAACCUCCACUUCCAGCAAACUGCAAAUACACCCCGAACAGAAGGAAGAAGGUCUCGUCUUCUCCUUUUCCAACGAGGACAUCAAGCACUUGCCAAGGGAGACCUUCCUGAUCUCGAAGAACGAAAUCUUGGUCGUCGACACCAACAAUACGCAGUUCACACAGGCAGAAGCGCCCGACGUUACCGGGAACGCCAUCGCGGUGCCCGCUAUCAAGAAGAGUGUCAAGCUCAUCGACGCGAAGCGUGAGGGACAAGCCAAGCUGCAAAUGCAGCAGAACAAGGGCCAUCUUCAACAAUCCGGCAAGCCAUCGCCCAGCUUCUCCCUGAUCGUUGACAUCUCCAAACAUCCGAUGCACAUGGCCACCGACCUCUCCCAGAAGAUCGAGGCCAUCUGGAUGGGCCAGGGUGGUCAACGCGGCGGACGCUUCGAUAUCUUGCAGGCCAUCCGAUCGCCUGUGGUCCAGGCAGCUCUGAAACAUCUUGAAGUGGUUCCCACUCAUCGCCCUGACGCUCGUUCAUUCACGAUCGGAAGUUUUGCUGGAAGCGCCAAUGAGACAUCCGAACUGGCCGCUGGUGCUGAUUUUGUCAAUCAACUCGUGACACGUGGCGCAGCUCGCGGUCUGACACUCGACGAUAAGCCUGUGAAGCUCCAUAUUGGUCCCGAGGAGCUGGAGCAGAACAUGAUAGCCGCUAAGGAGAGGGGCUCGCAGUUCGUGAUGGUCAUUUCCGAGAAGUACUACACCGCCCACAAGGAAUUGAAGUACCUCGAGCUGAAGUACAACAUUCCCACGCAAGAAGUGCUGAUGAAUGUCGCCCGCUCGGCCGUUCAAAGGCAACAGGGCGUCACCUUCGACAACAUCUUGCUCAAGACGAACAUCAAGAACAAGGGGCUCAAUCACGAUGUCAAAUUUCGUGAGGACGCGAUGCAGAAGCUGGUCAACAACAAGGAGCGCAUCAUUAUCGGCAUCGAGAUGAGCCACACCACCUCUGGAGAGAAGGAAAAUUCGGCUUCGGUCGUCGGCUGGUCUGCAAACUGCCUUGGCCAUCCCGUCCUCUACACUGGCAAUUUCAUGUAUGUGCGCGCCCGCGAAACGGAGCCGUGCCUGGAUCCGGUGUUCAAACAGGUCAUCAUGCGGAUGAAGAAGUAUCGUCCGAAGCCAACGAAACUCGAUUUCGAUAUCUAUAUUGGUGGUGUCUCUGAAGGGCAGAUGGCCAGGGUUGCACGCAACGCCGUCCAGAAACUUCGCGAAAAUCUGCUACCGAUGAAGAUCGAGCACAACAUUUCUGUGGUCGUCGUUUCGCUCGACCACGCGGAACGCUUCUUCAUUGAGGUUUGUCUUGAAGGCACGGUGAAGCAGGAGCCCGAUACCUCUCAAUCUGGCUUCACCGGCGAGGAAAAAUUGAACCUGAAAACGGCGACCGACGAAGAGUGCUACAAUCAGUAUUUGCUGCUACGGUCAAAUGCUGUGCUGCUUGCCUACUUUCCGAGACGUUGGGAGCAAAUCAAGCUGACGAAUGCGGCUUUUAACUAUUGUAGUUCUGUAACUGGCGUCCCGUUGAAGUGUCUUGACUGCGAGCGCCCCUUUCCCGAAAGCAAGACGGUGGUGGAACAUGCAAAACUCUGCAAGGGCAUACAAGAGGACGAUAAAGAAGAGCUCAUCCCAGUCACCCCAAAGAAAGCUCCUCGUCGAGGCGGCCGCAGCUCUUAUAAGCCUGAUCUCUCCAUUACAGAGUUUGAAAAAACGCCCUAUCUGUUCGUCCUCUUGACGCCACAACUCCAGAAUAAUCUAGCAAAGGAGAUUCUAGCCUUGGAGCAUGUCAUUGCCUGCCCGGGCUGCGGUGCGACUUACGAGGAAGCCGGAGCUGGUGCUGCGCACCUGGCUUUUUGCCUGGCCCCACAGAGCGAAUAUGAUCGCUAUAAGGGUCGGCUGAGUGAUCUGCAAUCGUUGCCCGAUCGCGAGUUUCGCAGAAUAGUCCGAGGCACUGUGACCCAGUCGAUGAAGAUCGUCUGCCACGCUUGCGGCAAGGUGAUCACGACGCCAUACGGUGCCGAAUACCACGUGCUGCGCUGUGGCCGCAACCCUGAAGACCGACCUUGGAAAUGUCAUUAUUGCGGUUUUGCCUCGACCCAAUCGCUAUCGAAGCAACACUUGGAUGUAGAAUGCGAGGAGCGGCGAAAAGCUAUGAAUUCCGAGGGACGCACAUUUGUCAAAGAAGAAGCUGAAAGCGAGGAAGAGGAGGAGGAGGAAGAGCCGGCCCCGGAACCCGAACCGGAACCCCAGCCCGAAGAAAUCUACGUCGGCGAGGCAAGGCCCAAGCGAGUGCCGAAACGAAGGAGAGCAGAUGCGGAUGGCGACCACAACGAUCCAGAUUUUCAUCCGACGGCUACGGCUGAAAUAGCCAUUGGGGGCAACAAGGAGAUUAACAAGUUCUUGACGGCUAUAGGAUCAAGGAAAAAGAUGAAUGCAGCUGGAAAGUUGGUUAAACACCGUGAAAUGCCGUCGAUCUCUGGUGGGCUAAUACCCGGAAAGAGCUCUCGAGUCUCCGUCGGAAGGGGUGGUACGCUGCGAUUCAAAUUUCGGAAAUUGGACGUGACUGAAACUGUCCCAAAUCAAGCUGAUCUCGGCCGAUACCAAAGAGCAAUCUGGGAAUGUCAACGGGCUUGGGAAGAGGAGGUGAUGAACAGCCCGUUCACAAAUCCCCUACUCGAAAUCCCGACUGUCAGCUGGGAAGAGGUGCCGGAUAGCGAAUACAUCGCCUCGCUCCGCGUCAAGGAAAGCAUCGGCAUUCGACACGGGAAAAUCCCGGCCACCCCGAGAAAGCCGCCGCCGGAGAAGAAGGAUCGGCUGAAGGGACCGCCGCCCCUCGGUGUGCCGCCCAUAAUCUCGUUAGACUGGACGUUCUCCCAGGGCGGUGAUUUGAUUGCGGCUGUCAACGCUGCAGGCGCGAUCGUCUUCUGGGAGCUGUCGAAGAAGGAGUACGUGACGGAUGAAGGGCUGCUCGGGGCUGAGAUGAUAGCCGAUACAUGGAGCUCGCCGGCUGUUGACGCGUGUUGGAAUAGUGACCGGACUCUCGCCGUCUCGUUCCGCGAGCGCACGAUCCGGCUUUUGGACACAAAAGUGGAGAUUGCCUGCUGGAAGAAACUACGG